ACAAACAAACAGCAGAACGAGGCGAGGCUUAGCAUAAUCGAGGCUGUACAAAUGGUCACCAGCGCGUAUGACCCCGUUACCAUGACAACGAAUGUAGAGAAGGACCUCGAUACGCUGCUUUCUAAAGCGUUGCUAAGCGAGCAAGGCAAUGUGAGGCUUGUGGCGGUGCAAAGUGCCCGUACCAUCUUUCCUAUGAGCCAUGUCGGUAGUAGGUAUAUCUGUAUGAUUGGCGCUGGAGACACCCAGGAUGAUGUCCGCGAGUGUGCGCGUGCCGGUUUGCGUGCGGCAACGGUACAUGAGAUACCGCAAUUGGGUGCCAAAGCAAAAGCGGGACAGCCUGUGGUGAAGAGCCCCGCGGCCAACCGAGGACCUGGUAUGGGCGAGGCUUGUCUCAAACGGGUCAAAACGGCCUCCGGAGACGCCUCGGCGCCGCCAGUGAGUCAUACCACAAAGUGCGAAUUGAUUGGCUUCCUCAUACACACACUCGACAAAGCACGCGAUGCCAAGGCUAUCGAUGCGCUUAUCUUGGCUGUGGGCCUGGUGGGAUACGGAGACCCGACUCUGCCAAAGGAAGCGGUAGACAAAAUUCUCGAGACACUCUACAGCAAAGAGCGCGAGAAAAGCCCUGACCUGCACUUCACCGUAGGCAUGUCACUGGCACGCAUCGCACAUGCCUCAACCGUGGUGGCCAAUCAAAAUGCGUCUAUAAAUAGCUCGAGACUACCAGCUAUUGUUGAGAAGGUUUUAGUUAACAGCAGAUCCGCGGUACCACCCGUGCGACAGUCGUCAGCCAUCUGGCUGUUGCACGUUGUCAAACUCAAUGCGAAGAAUAAAUAUAUAACACACGAGGCUGUGUCUGAGAUCCAGCAAGCCUUUGUCGGGUACUUAGGCGAUGGGGAUGAGUUCACCCAGGAGUGUGCGAGUAAUGGGCUGGGCUUGGUAUACGAGUGUGGCGACGGGUCUCUCAAGGAAAGCCUAGUCACUACGCUGGUGUCCACCUUAAGUGACGGGCAGAAGCGCUCGACCAAACUGACUGUGGUACUAAAUUGUUUCGUCACACCCAUGGUAUUUGGUGGUGGUUUAGGGGUCCACCCCUUCGAACUCCGAUUGGACAGAUAUCGUUAG